CUCUGUCUGUUUGCAGGUCCGGCGCUGACGAUGUACAGAUAUAAGAUCACCCUGAAGGACCGGCAGCAGCUCUACAAGCUGAUCAUCAGCCAGCUGCUGUACGACGGCUACAUCAACAUCGCCAACGGCCUCAUCAACGAGAUCAAGCCGCACUCCGUGUGCGCCCCCUCCGAGCAGUUACUGCACCUCAUUAAAGUGGGGAUGGAGAACGAUGACAGUGCUGUACAGUACGCCAUCGGCCGGUCUGACACCGUGGCUCCCGGUACCGGCAUUGACCUUGAAUUUGAUGCGGACGUACAGACGAUGUCCCCUGAGGCCUCUGAGUAUGAGACCUGCUACGUCACUUCGCACAAAGGGCCGUGCCGAGUGGCAACGUACAGCAGAGACGGACAGCUCAUCGCGACUGGCUCAGCGGACGCUUCCAUAAAGAUCCUGGAUACGGAGCGGAUGCUGGCUAAGAGUGCCAUGCCAAUCGAGGUGAUGAUGAAUGAGACGGCUCAGCAGAACAUGGAGAACCAUCCUGUCAUCCGCACGCUGUACGAUCACGUUGAUGAAGUCACCUGUCUGGCUUUUCACCCCACGGAGCAAAUCCUGGCGUCUGGCUCUAAAGACUACACCCUGAAGCUGUUCGACUAUUCCAAGCCAUCAGCCAAACGAGCCUUUAAAUACAUCCAGGAAGCUGAAAUGCUGAGGUCCAUCUCGUUCCACCCGUCUGGUGAUUACAUCAUCGUUGGCACACAGCACCCCACGCUGCGGCUGUAUGACGUUAACACGUUCCAGUGCUUUGUAUCCUGUAACCCGCAGGACCAGCACACGGACGCCAUCUGCUCCGUCAACUAUAACCCCAGCGCCAACACGUAUGUCACCUGCAGCAAAGACGGCAACAUCAAGCUGUGGGACGGAGUCUCCAACCGCUGCAUCACCACCUACGAGAAGGCGCACGAUGGCGCUGAGGUGUGCUCCGCCAUCUUCUCCAAAAAUUCCAAGUACAUUCUGUCCAGCGGCAAGGACUCUGUGGCCAGACUGUGGGAGAUCUCCACCGGGAGGAUGCUGGUCAAAUACACAGGUGCAGGACUGGGAGGCCGGCAGGUGCAUCGGACCCAGGCUGUCUUUAACCACACAGAGGACUACGUCUUGCUCCCCGACGAGAGGACGAUCAGCCUGUGCUGCUGGGACUCGCGGACGGCCGAGCGCAGGAACCUCCUCUCUCUGGGUCACAAUAACAUUGUCCGCUGCAUCGUGCAUUCACCCACAAACCCCGGCUUCAUGACCUGCAGCGAUGACUUCCGAGCCCGCUUCUGGUAUCGCAGGUCAACGACCGACUGAAGAGCCCAUGUAGAAGCCCAUCCACAGAUACUUUGGGUGCUGCGUGGACGGUGUCCGGUCUGCCACCAUCGCGAUCGUUGGGGGGAAAACCAGCGACUUCUUGUAAAUAUCGUGCUUCGGGACGGAUAUCGCUGCCCUCCGGCUGAGACGCGCUGAGCCCAGGUUGCUGCGGUGCGGUCCGCGCCGCCAUCAAAUCUCCUGGCUUUUCUUACGUUUGUUUUUUUUUUUUUUUACACUAUUUUGAACUCCUUUCUGGGCUGGAGGGUUACCGGACUGACGGCGUCACCAUGAAUUUUAAUGAAUUAGUCAAAAGUAUUUGCAUUUUUUGUAGCGAAUAAACUGCAUCCUGAAUGAUGA